AUGGCCUCAUUCAAGGAAUUAUCUCUCUCUCGUCCCUUUCCUCACCCCACGCCUCGUCACCAUUCCCAUUCUAUCUCCCUUGGUGCCGUGAACGCAAACCACCGGGUCACUCGCCGAAAGAGCGUGACCACCACAGCCGCUGCCAACGCUGCCGCUGCAGUUGCUGCCUCCUUAGGAGACUCCCCAGACUCCACAGGAAUCGCCAUGCCCGCCCAUCGUCGAGGAAGUCGGAAAGGCUUAGAAUCUAGCUCGGUCGGAGCUACCUCUGCCUUUGGCUCAUACCUUUCCCGCAGUGUAAACAGCCCCAACCGGGACUCCCCGGUUGCUCGAAAGGCCUCACCAAACCAGGCUCAGGACAGCUCACAAAUGGCCCACACCGCGGUGGAUGGAAGUGCUCCCUCUGACAAGCCGAUUAGCACCAAGAACCGAAACCGUCGGGCUAGCGAAGGGGGCCAUCUGGUCAAGGGCGAAGGAAAAGGCUCCAGGCCCGAACUUCGCUGCGAUCGUUGUGGGAAGGGGUACAAGCAUGGCAGUUGCUUGUCCAAGCAUAUGUGGGAGCAUGACCCUGCAUGGGCGAUCACGUCGAAGCUUCUAAUCUCGAAGCACCAACAGGUGCAAUUGUUGGAGGCAGCGUCUGUCCUCGUCACCAUGAAUGUCGAUGACCCGACUUCCGAGAACCCUGACGCUGAGUCGGAGAUUUCUUCGGCUUCACCAGGCGCGUCGUCCGAACUCCGAGACGGGCUCAGCUCGGCGGAGACUACACCGCCGCCAAUGGACGAGGAUAACAGCGAUGACGACAUGUCAGUUGAGCCUGAGAAGCCUUUUGGCGGUGUCAACAACACCGCCCCUCAGUACUCGCACUCCUUCCAGUCUAUCCCCUCAAGCUCGUUCACGGGGAGCGCCCCAUGGCCCUCCCCUGCCUUCUCGCACUUCCGCCACUCAAGCAUUGACACUCGGCCUUCCACUGCUGAGGCGAAGUUGCCUGACGAAGAUGAGGCGGAUUUGGCUGCAGCCAUCGGACUCUGCAAUUUUGGGACUCCCCGAAUGGGCCCGACAUCUGUGUCUCCCGGUGUUCCACCAGUACCCCCGCUUCCGUCUCGCUUCCUCGAUCAGGCCAGCUCUGUGGAGAAUCGAAACCUAGGCCGCUCAGGAACCAGUGUCACUGAUACUGCCCUGCCUAACUCCCAACAGGACGUGUUUCCGUCCCUGUCGUACAAUCCGUCGAUGUCGUACAAGGUGUCAGACGAGCGCGAAGUUAGGCUGGGGAAGACGGAACGCAGCAGCCGUCAAACCCGCAACGCUGAUGUCGAUUUUGGCAGCCGCCCCGCCCAGGCGGACGACGAUGACGACGGUGUUUUUGGACGGAUGGAGGAGUAA